GCAGAAGACAGAGUUGCUUGUGAAUUGAACCACUGAGGCCACGUUUUUAGUUGGACGGUUUCGAAUUGGUAAAAGUUAUAUAAAAAACUUGGUGAAUAAAAUGAAGUUCUUAGUUUUGGCAUUAUUUGUGUGCUUGCUGAUGAUUGCAUUAGUAUCCGCCGUUCCCGCAGAGGAGUCGCUACCAGGCGAUCUUUUUGACCAGGAUGAGCAAGGACGAGAGAAUUUCUUCAAACUGAAGAAAAUCAAGAAGCUGCUUUUGGGCUAAACUGCUAGAAGUCUGAAUUUUUAUUUAAUUUUUCAAGCCGCGCCACAUCAUUUGUGUUCAAACUGUUUUUUUCUUACAUAUAUAGUCUGCCCAAAAAAAUUUUUAAUGGCUAGCAAAGAAAAUUAUUAUUUGUUUUGUUAAUUCAUAUUUGCCAUUAGAUGUUGCUUUAACUCAUUUUAAAAAUUCUACAAUAAAUAAGGAAAUUAUUUCUGUAAAUAUCCACU